UGAAAGCCGGCGCACGCUAUAUUUGAUUAAAAUGCAUUACUACGUUUGCCUGCAUCAAGAGGGCACUAACAGCAUACCUAAAUUAAUACAAAAAGCCCAUGCAAAUAAUUACAAUGUGGUGGCCACAUCGAUUAACGCAAAUAUGCUUCCAUUGGAUCCACAAGAAACGGAUCCCACAUAUCCGGCCACUGUGUUGAGUGCUGUCGAGUGGAUCUCCAAGUUGAUAUUCCAGGUAUCCGAUGUGGAUGUGGACUCGCCCAAUGCAAAGUUUCGUGAAUAUUCGAAAGCUAUGCUGAUGCGUGAUGCCAUUUGGGCAGAGCACUUGCAAACUAACGGGAACAUAAUGGUGCGCAUACGAGGACCCAAUAAUGACAAUUUGGCGGAGAUUAUUAACUCAAGGUCGAAAGGUUUGUUUGUCUGUGAUGUUAUAUAUAUAUUUCCUACAAUGAGUAUGUUUUAUAUUUCAGGCAACUGGUUUAUAAAUGUGCCCAUUACCAAUCCAGAAUUGGCCAGCUUUGAACAUCGAAGAGAUGCCACUGAAUCAGAGAUUGAAGAGGCUCAACAGGUGGAUCCUUGGAAUUGGUGGAACGAGCUACGCUUUGCUAUUAAGCACAAUGCCAGGACGAAAGUUGUGGUGGAGCUGAGCGACUCGGAUCGGCCUAGUCGUGAGUGCGUACGCCGCUGGCUAGGUGAACCCAUCGAAGCCAUCAUCAUUCCAUCCAGUUUAUUUGUGCUUAAUCGCUCCAAUUAUUAUGUGCUCCAGAAGGAGUGGCAAACGAUUGUGGGUCACUUCAUUUCUAUGAGAGCCAACAUUAUUAUCUCCACGAAAAUUAAUGAUAAAUCAAUAGGUCAAUAUUCGGAAUAUAUUAAGAAACUCAUCAACGAUCAUGGAGAUACGCACAAGCUCAACAGCUAUGAAAACAUGUUGGAAAUACCGCUACAGCCGCUGUUCGAUAACCUGGAUAGCUACACCUAUGAAAUCUUCGAAACCGAUCCAGUCAAGUAUAAGCUUUACCAGGAAGCCAUACAGCAAGUGCUCUUAGAUCGCGUUAGCGAAGCGGAGGCUAAACGCAAACUGACCGUCGUUAUGGUUCUGGGAGCUGGUCGUGGUCCUUUGGUACGUGCAGUAUUCAAUGCCGCGGAGAUAGCGAAGCGGAAAGUGCGCGUCUAUAUUAUUGAAAAGAAUCCCAGUGCCAUACGCACACUGUCCAACAUGGUGAAGACGUUGUGGUCUAAGAAGGACGUUCAUAUAUUCUCUAAGGAUAUGCGUGAUUUUUCGCCUCCUGAAUUGGCCGACGUGCUUGUCUCCGAGCUGCUAGGUUCAUUCGGCGAUAACGAGCUCUCACCCGAGUGCCUCGAUGGCGCCUUGAAACUACUCAAGCCGGAUGGCGUUAGCAUACCCUGUAAAUCAACAUCAUAUAUUAAUCCCAUUAUGUCUGCUGUGCUGCAUAAUAAUGUCAGCCAACUGACCUCCACUGUGCCGGCCUUCGACUCGGGCUAUGUGGUGCUGCUCAAGAACAUUUACCACAUUGAUGAGCCGCAAGCGUUGUUCGAAUUUACGCAUCCCAAUCGGGCGGCGAUUAUUGAUAAUACGCGUCACAAAAAGCUGUCCUUCACUGCUCAAAAGGAUUGUGUGCUGCAUGGCAUUGGCGGCUACUUUGAUACUGUACUGUAUAAAAAUAUAAUCCUAGGCAUAAAUCCGUUAACGCAUACGCCAGGCAUGUUCUCCUGGUUUCCCAUGUUCUUUCCAACGCAACCGCUUACAAUCAAGGCAGGCGACACAAUUUCCAUUGAGUUCUGGCGCCGCGUGGAUGCCGAGAAGGUCUGGUACGAAUGGAGGGUUUGCGAACCGAAAGAAAGCGAGCUACACAAUCCGGGUGGCAUGGGCUACAAUAUGCGUUUAUAAACAUAACUGAAAUAUUGUAUAAGGUGGGGACCUGUACAAAACGGACGUUAGCUUUAGCUAUAAAACCAACCAUUUUGU